AUGGAAGAGGGCCCCUAUGUAUUACUGUACCCAGAUGGUUCAGAGGUGAAAAACAUUCCAGGAACAAACACCCCUUUCAAACUACACCUGUACAAAGAAGCAAUUGGAAAGGCUUAUCAAAGAAUAACACUGUUUAUAAGCACAUUUCAAGACUUUUUAGCCAAUGACUGCUCUGGGGAUUCUUCUAGCGAAGACAGUGAAGUGCAAGUAAAGUCUACCUCUCACAGUCCGCAUUAUGAGAGUGACACUUUGAUAUGGGAUGUUCCAGAUGAAGCAAGCACACCAAAUGCAGGAAGCACAUCAAACAGACCCCCUGAUCUCUCUCUGCCUUUUUUGGACCAAGAAGCAGGAAAAAAAGGAACAAAUAUCCAAGAGAACAGACAUGGCCAACAAAAGUGCUACACCAAUUACACGCGUCUCUAUGCCCCAAUAAUAAUCGAAAGUGACUCGGAAGUGUCCGAUGAUAGCAGACAACAUGUUCAAGAAGAAAGGACACGGAGAAUCUUUGAUGGUCCAGCAAAUAGGAGAUUUCUCACCUUUAACAGUGCAGCUGCCAGAGAAGAUGAAUACUUUCUUGCGGGGCAGAUGAUUGCAGUUUCUAUUGUUCACGGUGGUCCAGGUCCUCGCUUCCUCUCAGAUAUGCUAUACAAUCACCUCACUGGAAGGACUGACAUUAAUGGAACAGUUGAAGAUAUAACAGAUGAGACCAUGAAGGCAGCUUUACUUGAGAUAUCUAGUGCAGCAUCUUUGGAUGAAUUACACAUGCUUAUGGAUAAGUAUGCCAGCUUGCUGCAGACUGCUGGAUGUUUUGAUUACCCACAAAGUGUAGAAGGCAAAGAAAACAUUGUUAAGGAUUUCAUACAGUGGUACAUAAUUUACAGAAACCAAUACUCCGUACAAAGAUUUACACCUGGAACAACAUCCAAGUGUAUUCAGACCCUACAUGUGCUACAAUGUUGAGAAACUAACACCUGAAUCACUGGAGGCUGUCUUCAAGGCUCAGCUCAGUGAAGUUGGUAGCACCAGACAACACGAAGAAACAAGGAUUCUAGGAUACUGGAGAGACUAUCUGCUUGACACUGGAGAACAAGAAACUGGAAUCUCCCUCCAGGACAUCCUGAUGUUUGCUACAGGACUGGAUUCACUGCCUCCUUCAACAAUUGAGCCUCAGCCCCAACUGACUUUUGAGAGGACUUCUAAAUUUCCCAUUGCCAGCACAUGUGCCAAUACAAUCAAAUUGCCAAUGUCCAAAAGCUAUGAAGAGUUCAAAAAUGCAAUGGACUUUGGUAUCCAAAACUCACCUGAGUUCAGCCAAAAAUGAAACUUCUGUCAGUAAUUACUCGCCCUCAUGUUGUUCCAACCCCGUAAGACUUUCGUUCAUCUUCGGAACACAAAUUAAGAUAUUUUUGAUUACAUCUGAGAGCUGGAUCACUCCUCCAUAGGCUUCUAAGGGAUUGAAACUUAAG